GUCUGACUUCAGUCUAAUGUGGACAGAAGAAACAUCUAAUGCUGAAGCAAUUAUGUUACCAGUUGACAAAAUCUGGACUCCUGGGCUAGCUUUGGAUAAUGCGAUAGAUGCAACCUCAAAGCCAUACACUGAUGAUGUAGUUGUGACUUCUUUUGGAAGUGUAUCCCAUGCUGUUAUUCUGCUCAUAGCAGUGAGCUGUGAUAUCAAGCUUUUCACCUAUCCCUUUGUGAGUGGGCAAUGUCUUGUGGCCAUCAAUGGUUGGAAAAAUGGUGAUUGUGGGAUUGUAUUAUUUUAUCCCCGUACUGUAACUACAUCGGGAGGAACUCUAAGUGGAGAGUGGAUGACGGAGAAUGUGGAAAUAGCAAAAGAGGAUGACAUGGAAAACCGCAAAUAUCUUUUGGUCACUUUAUCCAUCAAUCCUUUCAGUGCUGUUGUGACCCUGAUUCUUCCCAGUGCACUAAUAAUGCUGGCUGACCUGGUGAGCUUUUCUCUGCCAAUUCAAGGAGGAGAACGCAACAACCUUAAGGUCACCUUGAUGUUGAGCUUGACAAUGUUUAUCCUCAUCCUCAAUGAUCGUCUCCCCAGUGGUGGGGAAUGUACCCCUCUUCUCCAUUAUCACUUCUGCUUCUGUCUGGUUAACCUGGUGCUCAGCAUGGUGACAUCUUUAGUGCUGACACAUCUGUUGACUAGUGACAGCUUCAUGGCUUCUACAUGUUUAAAGAGAAUCAGAAGACAAAACGCCCAGCUGGAUCAAAAUGAAGGUAAGAGAAUACUAAAAAUUGCAAAAACACCAAUUAAAUAUCGAAAAACACUCACCGCUUCAGACAGAAUGUGGUUAAAUGUACAUUUAUUUUAUCUCCAUUAGCAGAU